CGCGCGGCUGCAGCUGAACCUUCCCCAGUGUGUCGACGUCCAGCUCCUCCUGCCUCUUUAAACUGCCUUCGCCGCCCAACUAACGACAUUUUCGGGGUGCAGUCUCCAGCAGCCCGCCCGUACGCCCCCUCCACCCCCCUGUCUUUUCUUUCCUUCUCUUUCUCCGGAGGAUAUUUGAGUCUCACUCGGGUCUUUCAGGACCGAAAGCGGAGCCAGACGGAGCGACUUGUGGGGCGGAUAAAGCGGAGCAGGGCAGCAGGGCAGCCGGGCCCCGCGGCUCCACCAAACCAGCCUGAAACUACGGAAUUCAACAUUUUCAGUAGAAGAUUGUCCGUGCUUCAGAGAUUGGGGGGCCGUUCACUGCCCUGCUAUGGAGAAGAUGAAGAGGAUAAAGAAGCGACUGUCGCUAACGCUCCGCCCCAGUCAGACCAUCGACGAGUCCCUGUCUGAACUGGCUGAACAGAUGACCAUCGAGGAUGGUGGCACCAAGGACAACGAGCCCUUCAUGAGGAAUGGCCGCCCCCCCACCUCCCACAGCAUGCAUUCCUUCCUGCACCAGUACACUGGCUCCUUUAAGAAGCCGCCGCUGCGCCGGCCCCACAGUGUCAUCGGCGGCACCCUCGGGUCCUUCAUGGCCAUGCCACGCAACGGCAGCCGCCUGGACAUUGUUCAUGAGAACCUGAAGAUGGGCUCUGACGGCGAGAGCGACCAGGCAUCGGGAACGUCUUCAGACGAGGUUCAGUCUCCGACCGGCGUCUGCCUGAGGAACAGAAUCCACCGGCGGAUCUCCAUGGAGGACCUCAACAAGCGCCUGUCGCUGCCUGCUGACAUCCGAAUUCCCGACGGCUACCUGGAGAAGAUGCAGCUCAGCAGCCCGCCCUUCGACCAGCCGCUCAGCCGGCGCUCCCGCCGGGCCUCGCUGUCUGAGAUCGGUUUCGGGAAGUUGGAGACGUACAUCAAGCUGGACAAGCUGGGAGAGGGGACGUACGCCACAGUGUUCAAAGGCCGCAGUAAGCUGACGGACAACCUGGUGGCGCUCAAAGAGAUCCGGCUGGAGCACGAGGAAGGAGCUCCGUGCACGGCCAUCAGAGAAGUGUCGUUACUGAAGGACCUGAAACACGCCAACAUAGUGACGCUACACGACAUCGUCCACACGGAGAAGAGCCUCACGCUCGUCUUCGAGUACCUGGAUAAAGAUCUGAAGCAGUACAUGGACGACUGUGGGAACAUAAUGAGCAUGCACAAUGUGAAGGUCUUCUUGUUCCAGAUUUUACGAGGGUUGUCCUACUGUCAUAAGAGAAAAGUUCUCCACCGAGACCUGAAGCCACAGAACCUCCUCAUCAAUGACAAAGGGGAGCUCAAACUCGCCGAUUUUGGUCUGGCGAGGGCCAAGUCUGUCCCCACAAAAACCUACUCCAACGAGGUGGUGACGCUCUGGUACCGGCCUCCCGACGUUCUCCUGGGCUCCUCAGAGUACUCAACGCAGAUCGACAUGUGGGGCGUCGGCUGCAUAUUCUACGAGAUGGCCGCAGGCCGGCCGUUGUUCCCGGGCUCCACCGUGGAGGACGAGCUGCACCUUAUUUUCAGGCUACUGGGCACUCCCACGGAGCAGAGCUGGCCGGGGAUCUCCUCCAUCGAGGAGUUUAAAUCCUACAACUUCCCCAAAUACAAGCAGCAGUUGAUAAUCAACCACGCCCCCAGGCUGGACGGCGACGGCAUCGAGCUGCUGCUGUCUUUCCUCAGAUACGAGUCCAAGUCGAGGAUUUCAGCUGACGAGGCGAUGAAACAUUCCUACUUCAGGCAGCUGGGGAUGAGAGUCCACACCCUGCCCGAGAGUGUAUCGAUAUUCACGUUAAAAGAGGUGCAGCUGCAGAGAGACCCCGGCUACAGGAACUCCUCGUACCCGGAGUCAGGUAACAACAAGAUCAACAGAAGGCAAAGCAUGCUUUUCUAAUGUUCCCUGGUGAAGACGGUCCGCUUCAUCACCUCCCAGCUCCCUCUCGCAUGAGCCCCCCUCUCCUUCCCCUCCACACACACACGCAUAUAUAAACACACACACACACACAUGCAUCUCCGAGUGAGUGACUCUAAGUCAAAACUAUGUGGAGUCUGUUUAUUUAUUGAGGAGUGAGGUUGAAUUUUUUUGCUGCUAAACUACUACUGUCUGUAACACACAGUGUGUGUGUGUGUGUGUGCGUGUGUGUGUGUGUGUGUGUGCAUGUGUGUGUGUCUAUAUAAGUGUGUGUGUGUUCAUGCACAUGAUGUGAACCUGAGAUGCCAUGCACAGUUGAGCAGUCAGUACGGUUACUGUUGUUCUUUUUCUGGCUCUGAUUCUCUGGCUCCUUUUUGAAUUUAAUUCAACUGAUGUUGAUGUUGACGCUGUGAUCCAAGUUGUUGUUCUCAUUGUUGUACUUGGAGACGGAAAAGUUUCAGUUUUUUUUUUUUUCCAGAGUUUUUAAAAAGUAUGUAUACUGAUAUGUAUAUAUUUGGAGAUUAUGUUUUGUUUUCCUUCGAGCUUCCGUGACUGAACUCCACAUUUCCAGGUUUAGAAAGACUGUUUUUGCCGGGGGUUCCUCUGGAUUUCCCGUCGUCACUUCGGUUCAGGCGGACUUUGUUUUCACAUUUUUCCUCCGGGGGGGUUGCAACAGAAGCCAGAGCAGGUUCUGAAUGGACCGACAUCCUCUGGAUUAAAGGAGCCAACAUUGUCAACACCAGAACAUCCAACUUUGGGUUUUUGUGUUGUUUUUUUGGACAUUCGGGACCAGCAACGGGACCAAGCGGAGACGUGUUAGGGGAGGCGGGCGAGAGAGGAGGAAUACCGGAGCCCAAAAGGAAGUCAUGCAAUGUCCCACAGGAAGCUAAAAAACAGCCCUCCCUAAUACCCCUCCAAACUGCCAGGACUUCAGUGCUAUUUAAAAAAAGAAAAGGAAAAAAAAAAAGAGCGAAUUUACACUUUCUUGCUUUGUUUCUCUGCAGUAACACUUUUGUUUUCACUUGCACUCCAGUGUGUUACUUUUUUUAUUUUUUUUUAAUCAGGGACACGGACUUUGAUACGGCCGAGUUUACCCAACAGUAUUAAGAUGUGAUCUCUGUCUGUGACCUUUGACGUCUCCUGGUGAAACAACGAUGCUGUGCGGCAUGUGUUUCUGAGGGGGGACAGGAGAGAGCUGGGGGUGGGGGGUAUUUAAAGAGCAACAAGGAAUAUUUUCCACCUGGUGUCCGACCACUGACCAUUCCAGUGUUUGUACCAAAAGAAAAGAAAAGAUUUCAGUUUGAAGCUGUAGAUUUAACUGCCCGCCGUGCUGAUUGAAACUGACAGUGACGCCUGUUGAGAAGUCGCCUCUGAAAAUGUGUUUAUCUCCCUCGACCGCUGCUGGGGUCCGUUUGCUUUCCUGCUUCAAUUUAGCUGCGUCUUAUUAACUUGGACCAAUGUCUUUGCAGUCACUUCCUGCUUCCAGCAGGUAUCUGACAGCAAAAACAAAAAAAAAUGUGAUGUUUAAUAUGAAACUAAAGCUAGAUUACAGAACAAUUUGGAAAACUCGCCUUCAUUUCUGUGACUGUGGCACAGUUGAAGCUGGUUCAAGUGAAUUUUUUUUUUUUUUGUAUUUGGGGAUGGAUGAAAACAACCUUUUUGCACAUCUCUAUAAUUGAAACAAGUGUUUUCAGUCAUCUCGUACCUCUUGACACAAAAGCUAUCAAGCAUAUGUCUCUAAAUGUCAAGCCAUUCCUUUUAACGCUUUAACGGUAAACACAUUUCAGUGGCUGUCUCUCAGCAUCAAAGAGCACAACUUUACACACACAUUUGGAUGCAAAAUUCAACAGCCACGCAGGGAGAAAUCCAUUUUUCUUUUUUUAAAAAGGCAGAACUCCAGUCUCUGCAUUAACGGUAGCAGAAUGUGGCGCACCAGCCAGGGCCCACUGAGCAUCACGGGUGAAAAUGUAACUUUUAAACGGUUGUGAGGAAGGUUUUCUUGUUGCUGCAGCUCUUCUGCUCAGGAGAGCAGCAUGAACAUUUCAAACGUGUUGUCUGUUGGGAUUUGACAGAUUUGAGUUUAAACACAGCGAUAAUGAGCACACGCUAGAAAGUGCUGGGAGCACUACUAAAGCUUGAUGAAACUAAUAUGAGACCAUUAAUGGAAUAAUGUUAACAUUAAACACAGUUUGCAGCUAAUGGUUAAAUAAUCCUGUGAAAAGUCCCCGUCUUUUCUGAACCUGAUAGGAAUAUUUUCUAAUUUAAGCUAACAUCGAUUGUGAUAAACAGGUGUAAACAGGAAAAUUCAUUAUAUUAAUGGUAGAUGUCCUGUAUUAUAUUGGCCCGUUGGUGCACACGUUUUCCCAUUAUCACCUUUUUAAAAUACCAAACCCUCUUGUUAAAUUUCACAUUUACUCUAUUUAUACAUUCACAAGCUCCACUGAAAAUAAAAAUGGGAUUAUUUCGCUGUAAACUUCAAGCUGUGUUUCUGCUUAUAGGAUUUUUUUGUACAUGAACAGCAGUAACAUGCACGAAAGGAGAUUUCUAAAACAGCUUACUAUUUAUCAUUGUAAAACUGUACUUUUUCAAGUGUAUGAAUGAUGUCUAAUGUUUGUGAACAUGCGUGAGCGUGUGUGCAGGUAUGCGUGUGUGCCUGAAGCAUGGAAGGCCUGCUGUGUUGUUGUGAACUCGACCUCUGAAACACUGAGCUGCCGGUAAACAGUUAGUGUGUGACUCUUUUUACUGGAACUAUUUAUUUCUCAUAACCAUCAGAAGUAAAUUUAAACUGUUUCAUAAACCGUCUUGUGUUGCUGUCGUUCUUUGAAUGGUUUCGAAAAAAAAAGUGUCCCAACAGAGAAGUGUUUUUUUUUUCGUUUUGUUAUUCCUUCAAAAAAACAAAGAAAAUCACUGAGAAUAUGCUUCCAUAAUUUUUUUUUCUAGAAAAAUAACCAGAAAACAUUAUACUUUUUUUU